UUAACAACAAAAUCAAAUAAACUACAAGAAAAGAAAAAAGAAGGAAAAAAAGAGAGUCGAGAUAAAAAUACCAAAACAGUACAGUGAUAUACACAGUAUCACUCAAAUGAGCUGGAAGUAUACAGUGAUGUACUGAGGUAAACUGUCCCACAGCUUAUAGCAGCAACUACAGAAAAAGCUUGAUUGUUUCUUUUUUAAUUCCAGUAUUCCUGUGACACCUAAAAGUCUCUACAGCAUUUAUGGUUUAUUGUGCAAAUACAUAUUCUUGAGGGAACUGAAAAUGAUGUGUUAGCUUUAAACUGAAGUGCCCUGAAAUACAGCUAUCCAGGGUCAUAGUGUGACGUGUAAGGUCCAUCAAUAUUUAAGAGAGAUCAUCACUAGAAAAACUCUGAACAUUUGUUUGAUGCUAUGAUGCAUUUUAACAAAAACGAAGGUUCUGAAGAAAUUUUGAAAACGGAGAUGGAUUAUGAACGCUCAAGAGCUCAGAAAGAUGGUCCAUGUGGCAGGCGGAUGGGUAUCCUUAUGCUUCUGGGAACGGUUGGCAUGGUGAUUUCCAUGGCAAUAUUAUUUGUCAUUUGUGGUGACCUGGUUAAGAAGGUUACUAAGGUGGAGAAUUCAGUGUCCAGUCUGAAUUUAUAUUUGAACAAAUCCACUGAUCCAGUGACCAAUGGAAGUCCAGAAAAGAGGUUGUCUGAUAUUGAAAGGUUGAUGAACAAUCUUGGAUCAUCAUUGAGUUCACUCACAUCCAAACAAGAUCUGAGAAGACUCGAUGAGAAACUCAUAAGCAGACUGAAUGAACUGAAAGCCCAGAUUAACACCAAAUCAUCUUCAGAUAAACCGGUAUGUAACUGUAAAUCUGGCUGGAUCCAGUAUGGAAGCAGCUGUUAUCUGUUCUCCAGUAACACAUUCAACUGGAUGGAGGCACGAGAUUACUGUAAAAAACAGGGAGCAUCGCUACUGAAACUCGAUGGGAGCGACGACGAAUGGGGAUUUUUGACAGGUACAACCGGAACAGUCCCUCACUGGAUUGGUCUGACGGAUCAGACCACAGGGCAGUGGAGAUGGACAGACGACACUCCUUACACGGAUAAAAAUCGUUGGGGUGAAGGACAGCCGGAUGACUGGAAAGAACACGGACUGGGAGAGGGGGGAGAAGACUGUGGCCAUAUAACGUAUAGGCAUACAUUAAAUGAUGCCCACUGCUCUUCAAAAUAUAACUGCAUUUGCAAAGUGUAAAACUAAACCUAAAGUAACUGAAAUACGGCAAGAUGAUCUGAAAUGAAUACUUCAGGACAUCAGUUUUGUAGUUGAAAGCAAAAUCAAAAGUCCUCAGG